ACAAAAAACCACAACUACCUUUGGCAGGCUAUUCCAUCUCCCAUUUUCUCCUCCCAACAACCCAAAAAAGUCCAAACAAAACCCUGACGUCCCCAUUCUUCACCUAAAACAACACCACUCCGCCAAAAGUCCAAACCCCUUCUCUUCUCUUCCCUUCCAUUCCCUUCCCUUCAAGAUCUCCAUCCAAGACCCCAAAUCACCCACACCAUGGACCUAACUCUAGCAAUCUCAUCAUCAUCAUCAUCUCUCUCUAGUUUCUCUCACAUCAGGACUCCUUCAGUACUCAAUCCUCUCAGAUCAACCCUAAAACCACCUUCAACCCUUCGAUUCUCGGUCCCAAAACCCUGUGUCACAAUCAGGGCUUCUUCAAAGUCCACCUCCAAUGAUUCUUCCCACAAUCCAUUUCUCCAAAACCUCAAAACCACAGCCAAGGCCAUUGUUUUCACCGCCGUUACCACGGCGGCGGUGGUCGGAAAGUUCCACCAAUUGCCUUCAAGAGCGGAAUCUCCGCCCACAUUAACCGAGGAGCUCACUGCUAAUGAAGUCGAAGAAACACAAUUAGAAGAAAAACCCCAAGAUUCGUCUUCGCCGUUGUCGGAAUUUCUCGAUUCCAAUUCGAAAGUCAUAGACGCUUUGAAGUCGCUGUUACAAGAAAAGCUUGAAGCGGGUGAGGACGAAGAAGCAUUGAAAACACUGGAGAAGCUGGUUUCGGCUCAACCGGAUCAAACCGAAUGGAAAUUUCUGAAAGCCAGGUUAUUGAACGAAAUGGGUGAGACCCAAGAAGCCCGAAACGUAUUCGAAGAGAUUUUGAAGCUCACUCCGCUCUCAUUCGAAGCAUUGUUCGAGAAUGCACUGUUAAUGGACCGAUGCGGAGAAGGUGGAGCAGUGAUCGGACGGUUGGAAGAAGCUCUUAGGAUUGCAGAGGAUGGGAACAAAGUAAAGGAAGCACGCGACGUGAGGUUGAUAAUGGCACAGAUACAGUUCUUGCAGAAGAAUGUGGAUGAGGCUUUGAGGAGCUACCAGGAGCUUUCGAAGGAAGACCCGAAUGAUUUUCGGCCUUACUUUUGUCAGGGGAUGAUAUAUAGUUUGCUUGAUAGGAACAAGGAGGCAAGAGAGCAGUUUGCGAAAUACCGGGAGCUUUCGCCCAAGAAGUUUGAGGUGGAGGGGUACUUGAGGUCUCCAUUGUCUAGGAUGAAGCUAUUUGGUAGCAAUGAGGAGAAUUGAAUUGAGUUGAGCUGAUAAUAAUGGUGGAGAGAUGGGAUUUUUUUCUCCGAUAUAAGCAAUCAAAUUGGAUACGCCAAGGAAUGUUGAAUUUUGCUAGCGGCAACUAGGUAAUUUUUGUUUUUUUUUCAAUAUGAGCAGUGAUGUUAAAUCGUGGUUGAUGCUUCAAUGAGGAUAGUUACUUGAAUUAAUAAAUGGAACACUUACAGUUCUAGUGAAUUUGAUGAUAA